ACACGUAGCCUCAACGUCGCAACCUCUCCACCCUCUAGGCAGACUUUUGGACUGCUCUACGCGUAAGGGCCGAUUACUUGCAUACCAGCGAAAUAUUUGCCUGCAAAGCAGUCAUGAUCAAGCACACGAUUAUCUCGCGACUCGACGGUCUGAUAUUGACUGCCUCGGUCGAUGAUGGUCAAGAAGACGCCGAGUUCAGCGAAGUCAAGGGCAAGGUCAAGCUUGUCCAGCGCAGAUUAAGCCGCAACUCUGAACCUCAAGCCAGCAUCGAGAGCGGCUCCUACACCUACCACUAUAUCAUCAGCGGCGACCUUUGCUUUCUCUGCAUAUGCGACCGCUCCUAUCCCCGCAAGCUCGCCUUCACAUACCUCUCUGAUCUCUCGCAAGAGUUCGCCACUACCUACCAGCCACAACAGUAUCUCUCGCCAACUUGCCGGCCUUACGCAUUCGUCGAGUUCGACACGUUCAUUCAGCGCACGAAGAAGACAUACCAGGACUCGCGGGCGACACAGAACUUGGACAAGCUGAACGACGAGCUCAAGGACGUGACCAAAGUCAUGACGAAGAACAUCGAAGAUCUACUAUACAGAGGGGACAGUUUAGAGCGCAUGGGCGAUAUCUCGAGCAGACUGCGAGAAGACAGCAGAAAGUACAAGAAAGCAGCUGUGCGGAUCAACUGGGAGCUGCUGCUGAAGCAGUACGGCCCGAUUGGAGGUCUCGCAUUCAUUGUAAUAGUCUUCGUUUGGUGGAGAUUCUUCUCCCGUUAGUUGCCAGCGCAGCAAGCACCGAGCUGCUUCUUCCGCGUGCCGUAUUCCUUGUCGUAAACACAGGCGCCUGAGACGUACCAAGAUCACGGCAAGAGCUAUGGUUGGAUGAAUGAUAUACCCAGUUCCACAUUUGUUAGGGGCUACCAUCCACUUUUGCCUGUAGGUGCAAGUCGAUCUCACUAAGCUUACUUUACACUGCGCAUUGGGCAAGUGGUGUGACCAUGAUAGGUA